AUGUCUGCCCCGGAAAGAAGAAGUUCCCGCCUCCGCAAGGAGAAGGAGACGGGGAACACACGAACAACUCUCGUUUUUAAAAAAGGAGAUGACACCGAUGAUGAAGAAAACUCCACGGAACUCACGACCCUCCAGGAGCUGCAAGAUUGGGUGAAGAAUGACCCUGAACAUGCAUGGAACGUCCUGACAAAGCAACUAAGCAUGAGGAGAGAAGGAAGGAAGGAAAACAUCUCCGCCAGGACGUGCUGA